UUGAGAAAUUAAAAUGGAGUUUGAGAUACCUCAAUAUAAUUUUAAUGAAAAACCUCCUUCAUCAAAAUUACCAUUGAUUAUAUUAGUAGCAAGGUUACUUACUAUAAUUUGUAUUGUGGUUUCUAUAGUUUUGUUGAAGAGUAAUAAAGUUACUUUGGGAAAUGGAGCCAAACUUGAUUAUGAUUAUUACAACUCAUACAGGUACAUGCUUGGUGUAAUGAUAGCUGGAAUUAUAUACAAUACAUUGCAUAUUCCAUUUGCAAUGUAUUAUCUGAUAGCAAAGAAACAUAUCAUAAAGCACAAAAGCUUUCACAACUUUGAAUUUUAUGGUGACAAGAUAACAUUUGGUAUAAUAGCAACAGCAGCUGGGGCAGGACUAGGUGCAACUGUGGAUUUACAAAAAGUUGUUUAUACAGAAAAUAACUCAAAAAUUCAUGACUUUUUGGGAUUAAUGUAUAUUCCAAAUGCAUUUCUUGUUGGUGCAUUUGUGACCUCUGGAAUUUCUUCAAUCCUAUCAUCAUUGAGUACUCUCCACAAGAGUGAAUGAUUAUAUCUCUUAAUUAUGUAUAAUUCUAUGUUUAAGAAUUUCAGAAAUACUAUUAUUGUGUAGCUUUUUAUGAUUAAUAAUGUAUGUGUG